AUGACCCAAUAUAACCCUCCAGGCAGUCCUCCUCCUAUGACCCAAUAUAAUCCUCCUCCCGGUAGUCAACCUUUUCAACCUCAAUAUAAUAAUCAAGGAUCCCCUUCGCAAUAUAAUCCUCCUCAAGGUCCACCUCCUACAAACCUAUAUAAUAACCCUCCUCAAGGUGUUCCUCAAUAUAGUCCACCUCCAACUGAACAUCAAUAUAAUACCGGUCAACAUUCACAACCAUUACCAUUACCAGCAACAACAAAUAUUGAAGUCCAUCAAUCAUCUCCACCACCGCCGCAAGUUACCGUUAUACCACCAGUUACAACUACUACAUACAUGGCAGGCCCUCCAGGAACAGUGGAUACUUCAAUUCCUCCCGAAAAGAGAAGUUUUACACAAAUUACCAGUAUAGAACAAAUCUGGAGGAUGCCCAUAUUUUACGAGGGUAGACCGACUUGGAAGUUAUGUCCUCCUCCUAUGACCCAAUAUAAUCCUCCUCCCGGUAGUCAAUCUUUUCAACCUCAAUACAAUAAUAAUCAAGGCCACCCUUCUCAAUAUAAUCCUCCUCAAAGUCCACCUCCUGCGAACCUAUAUAAUAACCCUCCUCAAGGUGUUCCUCAUUAUGGUCCACCUCCAACUGAAAUGUCACGAUCAAUCAUCACAACCACCGCCGCAAGUUACCAUUACAGAGCCACGUAG